ACAACAGUAAAACGUCAUUUCCUACUUCUCUGUAACGAGAUAAGGAAAGUUUCUUAAUUAAAUGUACUGUAAAAAAAUACUUUUAUGUUCUGAAACUAAUUAUAUUUGAAGUGAUCUAACUUAAACCUUAACAUGUAUACAAGAAGCAGACAAAGCCAAGCCUAUGCCAAUAUGAGAAACCAAAGUCCCGUAGGAUACCAAGGUCAAAGCACUUACAAUCAGCAAGGCAGUUUUCAAGCAACACAACCUCCUCCAAAUCAACAAAGUAAUUACAAACAAGGAAGUGCACAAAAUUCACAACAAUUUAAACCGCAGCAGCAGCAACAACAGCAGCAGCAGCAGCAGCAGCAACAACAACAAGUAUCUGCAACAAGGAAUCCGCAACAAGGGAAACCUCAGCAGCCACAAAUACAACAAGCAGCAGCAAAGAAUCCACAACAGGGGAAACCACAACAACAGCAGCAACAAUUAGCACAGCAAAUUAAACCGCAACAGUCUGUGAUAACCUCUCCUCAAACUCAAACUCAGUCACAACCUCAGUCACAAUCCCAACAACAAUCUCAAUUGCAAUCUCAGUCUCAAUCUCAACCUCAGAGAUUGAAACCAAUUUUAAAACAAACUUCCCAUACUCAGCAACAAAGUGUACCCAUUGUGCAAAACAAUCCUGUUUCAUCUUCUCAACCAUUAGUUCCUACUUCAACAUCUUUAACAACUAACUCUAACCCUACACCACCAGCAAGCAAUAGCACAUCUGAAGUAAAUAAUGAAAGUCAAGUGUCUGAAAAUACAGAUACUGAAAUCCAAGAACAACAUCCAAGAUGGAGACGUAAGGCACCAGGAUUUAGGGUAAAUAAAAGAUUGAAACGUCUUCGUUUGAAUCAACGUCUAAGAAAAACAUUGCAACCAAAAAAUGCGAUUAUGGUACUAAAUGAAAUGAAACCUGGGGUACAAUUCACAUUUCCUGAAACUCAAGGACCUAUGCCAAAUUCCCUGUAUCUUGUUCAUGCAGAGCUUGAUGGUAAAACUUACGUUGGACAAGGUUUAUCGAAACCACUUGCUCGUCAAAAUGCUGCUGAAAAUGCAUUGAAAGCAUUGUUACUUGAAAAAAUGACUGCAGCAUCUAUGAAAGCACGUAUUGAUGCUGAAUCAGAUGGACAAUCAGUUCAAGCUAUAGAGUCUAAUAUAAUAAAAGAAGAAAUUAAUGAAGAAGGUGGAACGCCAAUGGAUACUAAUGUUGACGAAAGUGAUGAAAUUCCAUGGAGUUCUUUAGCUAGUUUUGCAUUGUAUAAACUUUUCCUUGAAUGGCAUAAUCAAGGUACAUCAGUUCCAGUUCCAAGACCAGGAUUGCCAUCACCUGUUAAAGGACUUAAAAGAGAGAUUUCUCAUGUCCAAAAAACUCCAGUUCAGAAAGAACUGCCAGCUAAUGCAACAAAUAUACACCCUGUAAUGUUAUUAAAUCAAAUGAGACCGGGUUUAACAUAUGUAGAGCUUAAUCGAGUUGGUAAUCCACCAAAUACAAUGUUUACUCUUGCCGUAGAUAUUGAUGGUAUUGAAUAUACAGGAACAGCAAAGAAUAAAAAAGAUGCCAAGAAAAUAGCAGCAAAAUCUGCACUUCUUGCUUUGUAUGGUUUAAAUUAUCCAGAUGAAACCACGGCAAUCCAGGAUCAACCAACGGCUUAAAGCAAGACUCAGAUAUCAUUAAUUUUUCUAAUGUGUAAAUUAUGAUACAUAUUAUUAUAUUGUUAUUCAUUUUUAACCAUUGUUUUAAUUCAAGCAUUAUAUAAAUUAUAGCAUAUUAUAAAAGACAUUUUAAAAUUUGAAAGCU